AUGGUGUCUACUCAGUUUCAUGCUCGGGUCAAAGUAUUCCGGACUAAUAACGGAGGUGAAUAUGCGAAUAACACUUUGGCAUCUUUCUUCCUUGCUCAAGGUAUUAUUCACCAAAUGACCACCCCAUUUACUCCUCAGCAGAAUGGUGUGUCUGAACGCAAGAAUCGUCAGUUACUUGAAGUUGGCCGCUCCCUUGUGUUGGAUAUGUCUGUUCCCCAUCAUCUUUGGAGGUAUGCUGUUUUAUCUGCUGCAUAUUUGAUUAAUCGUACUCCUAACAGGAUUCUUGAUUUCAAGACUCCACAUGAUGUGUUUGGUGACCAUGUUUCCCCUGUCUCAGUCUCCAAGUUGCCCCCUAAAAUGUUUGGGUGUGUUUCCUAUGGGGAGAAGGGGAGUGAAUUGGAGAGUCUUAGAUUGGAGAAUGAUGUGAUUGAAGAUACUGCUAUCAAGAAGGAAACGACCUAUCGCACUGAAGCAAGUGACCGGUUGCCUAUAUCUGGAGAUGAAGUAGGUGCUCUCGGUGUCGAAACAACCGGUCACACUGAAGCAAGUGAUCAGUUGCCCAUAUAUGAAAAUAAUGACAGUGAUUCUUGUAUGGAUGAGUUCGAUGCAAUACCCCCCUCUGCCCUACUAGUGCCCCAAUCUACUCGUGAUAGUGAACCAAGUGAGUUACCCCCACAAACCACUCAUGGGAAACCUAAAGUACAAUAUUUUCCUGAUAUACAUGCCAAGUCUAAAUAUCCCAUUAGCCAUUAUGUGUCAACUAAUCGCUUGUCUAAGUCAUAUGCAUCAUAUUUGUCUCAAUUAUCUAGUGUAUGUGUGCCAACUAAGCUGCAUGAUGCUUUAUCUAACCCCUGUUUGUGCCUAAUAAAUCAUGGUCAUGAACUGAUUGAAGGGACUUCCCUUCGGCCUUGGCGCCUAUCGUUUCGUCAGGCAUUUCGCCGUCCUAAGAGCAGAAGGAAAGCUGCAAAGGUAGAAUCCCCUUGGCCUCGCGACCGCAGUUUUGAAGGCCGAGGCCGAAGGCCGCAAAAGACACGGUAUGAAAAAGCCGUGGUUGGAACGCCACGUGGCCUCAGGGCCCCACGCUCUAUUUAA